GAUCAGACACAGCGGAAGAGACUGGUUGUAUUCAGCAUUUAUCCCUUCCCUUUCACCCUCCUUUAAUUGCCUAUCUUUGCCUUUUAAUUUUACUUUAAUUUAAUUUUAUUAUUAGUUUAACAUUAUCGGACCCCUCUUUUAAUUUAGCGGCUUCUGCCGCCUCUCGGCGGGGCCGGGGUCGCCGGGCAGGGGGGGAGGAUUUGUGUUGGCCUUCCCUGGUGGGCUUUGGGGUAGGCCGCGGCCGUUGGCCCCAUACAGCAAUUUUGGGGCUUCCCCGCGGUUGUCCAGGGCCUUGCCAGCCCAGUGCCCUCUCCUCUUAAUUUCGGCUGCUCCGGCCGUCUUUUUUAGGAAGCCUACGGCCCGAUUCUCGGCCGAGGCUCCUUUGAGCCUGCUUUAACCGCAGCGCAUCUGGAGCGCCGUUUGGGAGCUGCCUUAGCCUCAGUGCCGCUGAUCAGCUGUUCGGCGGCCGCAGCAGCGUUUCUGGGGUUGCCUGGGUGCGGGGACCUUGCUGCUGCCUUUGGGGGGCUCGGAGUGAGUCCCACGAUCCCCCCUUACCCCUGGGCGACUCACCUUUUCACUCUCCGCGGGGGCGCUGGGUUGCCGGCGUAGUUUUCUGGGCGCCGUUUUGUCUGGCCUCCUUCGGGCUUUGCCUUGCCGACGAGGCCCUUUUUUCAGCAGGCCGGGACGGUUGCGGCCUUUUUGGCUGGUGCCUGGGCUGGGCUGGUGCUGCCCCAGCUAUUUCGGGGCGCUGCGCUCGGCCGUUUUGGCGGGAGCGCCAUUUUGCUGCAAUAUCGCCCCACAGUGGCCUCCAGUGGCUGAUCUGGGUAACUGCAGCUAGUUUUAAUAGGCAUUUCUAUUUGGUUGCCUCUGCUGCCACCUUCUGGUGGCUGGUUUUAUUGCACCCCUUUUGGAAAAUAAAUAAAAUCUGAUUUAAUUUAUUUAAUAAUUUAGUUACUUUAGUGGCUCUUGUAUUCAGUUAAUUUAAUUAUCAUUGGUUCUGGGGUUGUCUAACUGUCGUGAGGGCGUACGUUUGGCUGACGUGCUUUUUGCAUCUUGGGGCUAUUUAAUUUCUUGAAAUUUUGUUUUAUUUUAAUUAUAUUCAAUUGUAGUUUUCUUUGGUUUCCUUUUCUUUCUCAAGCAGGUAUGGCCCCGAAAAAGGCUGCAAAAAGGCCCGCUGCUACCCGGACUUCAAAGCGGCCAAUAAAAGGCCCUUCUCAGGCGCUGCGAUCUGGCCCAACCAGACAGGCACCCAGCCUGCAAUCCUUAGUAACCAGGAUGGCUGGUGAUCCAGCAGCUUUAACACAUCUUGCAGCUGAGGUGGACGGCCUCAUUCGGCGAUGCUCAACGCAGUCCUCUGCCCCAGGGGGGCCAGCUUCCACGGUUGGCCCAUCUUCACCUGCAUCUUCAUCUUCUAGUGAAGAUGGGGGAGAGGCAUUAGUUGCUGGGGUUUCAGUGCCGGCUUCUCAGCCAUCACGGCCCCCGGUCUUACCUGUUGCGCAGGUUGGCUCACGGGGGCCGAGACGUACCACACGCCGUUCGGCUGGGAGGCAAGCCCUUAUGGCAUCUCCCAGCUGGGUGGUUUCGCCUACUCAGUCUACUGUGGAUGCAUUGCCGGGGCCUAGUCAUUCACGUAGGGUCUCUUCUCAGUCUGUUCCAGGUACUUCACAGCAGACAGUAGACUUGGAGUCCUCGGAUGAGGAUAGUCUUCCUACUCCUGUGAGAACAUCAUCUGGGGGGCAUCGUCGCCGCAGGAAGAGGACCAAGAAGCGUGCCAAAAGGAGGAGGGCUGACACUUCAUCUUCUUCUUCUUCUGGUCUCGCUCCAGUCAGUAUUUGGAUUGUGGGGCACAGCAUCGUGUACUGGGCUGGCAUCAGAGCGAGGCAGUCUGGAAGGGGACCGGAUCUUGGCUUCCCACAGCACGUACAGGUGUCGUGGAUAUCCAGACGGGGAAUGCGGUGGAGUGAAUUCAUCCCACUAAUUAAGCAGAGGGUGUUUUCACAUGGCCCCCCUUUGGCAAUUGUGGUGCAGUUGGGGGAGAAUGAUAUGGCAAAGAUUGAUUGCUUUACUUUGCGAUCCAUGAUUCUAAAAGACUUGGAGGAAUUGGUGACCUUGAUACCCACCGUUAAAAUAUUUUGGUCACAAUUGCUGCAAAGGAUCAAUUGGCAGGGCAUUUCUCAACCCAAGGCUGCUGAAAGGGCCAGGAAGCGCAUUAAUUCCGCAGUGAGCAAGAGGGUAACGGAAUUGGGUGGGUUGGUGAUUUCCCACCCGGAUAUUGCCUUCAAGGCUCUGGCCCUUUACCGCAAUGAUGGGGUACAUCUUUCCGAGCUGGGGAAUGAUGUCUGGUUGGAUGCGGUAAUUGGUGGGUUGAAAAAUGGGUUGGGGUUGUGAGUGGUUGGCGGCGAGCGUAAAGGGCUCGAUUGGCGGUUAGGCAUUGGUUAUAAAUCUGGUGGAGGAGGGGUUAGGAUAGGC